AUGCAUCAUUUAUUUCACGCAUCGUCAUUCCUCGUUAAUCGGACGGGUCAGUUCACAAGGUCUUUAGUGGCCAAGACAAUGGCAACUGGUUUCAAGAUAGACAGACUUGACCAUUUUGUCAUUACAGUGAAGGAUAUGGACAAAACUGCUCAGUUCUAUACAAAAGUACUUGGCAUGGAGCUGACCACAUUUAAAGGUGGAACUCGGAAAGCACUGACAUUUGGCAACCAAAAAAUUAAUUUGCAUGAGCAUGGAAAGGAAUUUGAGCCAAAAGCAAGUGAACCAAGACCAGGUUCUGCCGACAUCUGCUUCAUCACCCAAACUAAUAUUUUAGAUGUUAUGAAACACCUUGAGGUUUGCCAAGUUUCAGUUCUUGAAGGACCUGUUGAACGAACUGGUGCCAAUGGGCCAAUUAUUUCUGUCUAUGUACGUGACCCUGAUGACAACUUAAUUGAAAUUUCAAAUUACCUCUAA